AUGUUUGGGCUCGACACGGUAGAGCUCAAUAUGCCAAGAGCUCGCAGAGCUCAGGAGUUACAGGAGGAUGCGGAAGCGCGGGACACAUGGCAGGUUGCUUCCAGCAGAGCUCAGGUCUCUCUUUCCGGCAAGAAGGAGACGGAGACGGAGAUGUAUAUGUCAGAGGAAGUAUUCUGGACAGGUGAUGCCUUUGGGGUUUCUGGCCCCGAGACAAAGAGUUCCCCCGUGGGGACAAAGGAAAACUUGCGCUUCUGCACCCCCAGCGCUCCUCUUCCACGACCGCAGGAUGUGUACCACAUUGUGGUGGACAACACGAACAAGCCAUUCAAGCAUGCAUUGCUUGACAAGAGCCCUGAUGGUGGUGCCAGUCCCACACACCCACUUGAAAAACUCCCUGUGGAGCAACUAUUUGACAGGCGUGUUCCUCAAAGCCCGCCGUUAAAACCACCUGAGUUGAGUGACACUCCUUUUACAUUCAUUCAAGACCGGAAAACCUUGAACAAGCUGGUGAGGAAGCUGAAGAACGCAACUGAGUUUGCUGUCAAUGUGGAAUACAACCACUUUAGGUCUUUUCAGGGUCUCACCUGCCUAAUGCAGAUUUCAACUAGAACUGAGGACUUUAUUGUGGACACUCUUAAGCUCCGCAAAUAUCUUGGUGAGAGGUUAAGAGAAGCUUUUCAAGAUCCAACUAAGAAAAAGGUAAUGUACGGGACCACUCGUGAUAUUAUGUGGCUUCAACGUGAUUUUGGGAUAUAUAUAUGCAACCUUUUUGACAUAGGACAGGCUUCAAGAAUCUUACAGAUGGGCCAUGUUAGCCUGGAGUAUCUUUUGCUUAGUUUCUGCGGAGUGAUAGCAAAAAAAAGAUGUCAGCGUGCAGAUUGGAGGCAGAGGCCACUUCCUGAUAGAAUGACCAAGUGUGCUAGAGAAGUUACACACUAUCUGCUGUACAUAUAUGACUUAAUGCGUUUGAGGUUGAUGAAUGAGUCUUCAGGUGAAAAUGAUCUUCUUUUGGAGGUUUGCAAGUGUAGCAAUGAAAUCUGCUUGCAACUAUACGAGAAGGAGCCACCGACUGAUAAAUCAUACCUUCACAUACAUGGGCUGAAAGAUAAUGAAUUGAGCGCAAGGCAGCUUGCAGUUUUCGCUGGCCUGUAUCAAUGGAGAGAUAGUGUUGCUCGUAUUGAGGAUGAGAGCACUGCUUAUAUAUUACCCAACAAGACUCUACUUGAGAUAGCGAAGCAGAUUCCUGUGACCGCUAGGAGGUUUAAAAGAACUGUGGAAGCAAAAAAUAAAUUUCUUGAUCACCAUCUCGGCCAUGUCAUUACUAUCAUCAGAAAUGCUGUUGCUAAUUCUGAUUCUUUUGAAAAUAUAGCCGAGCAACUAAAGAAAGAAAGGCUGGAGGAGUUAAUGGUGGCAGAUACAAAGAGCAGUAGUGAAGACACGGAAACAAUUACUGCUGUUGAUGCUGAUAAUAAUGAAAGUAAUUCUCAUUCGAGUGAUGAACCUGCUUUAGUUCCAGGAUUUUCAAGCGAGCAGGGACAUGUACCAAAAGCUCCCUUCUUUACUCUUAUAGUUGAUGGGUCCUUAGAUUGUUCAGCCAUAUGUGGCACUCUCAAGAAGGUUCUAAAGUGGAUGGGAUUUGAUCAGCUGACUAUGGUCAUCAUGUAUAAAAUUAUUCCAUUUAUGAAAAGUUGUCCUGAAGAGCUUCGGCCAAAGUUGGUACAUGAAAUACUAGAGCCAGUCUUUCACUAUCUUCACACCAAGCUUUAUAAGUCAUGGUGUGCACUUUUGCACGAUGGUGCAGUGGAAGUUCCUGAUAAAAUUGCUGACAUUUUCUCAUCGAAGGAAGAAGCUAAUAAAUUAGGAUCGAGUCUUAUUAUUCAGUUGACCCAUGCAGCAUCAGAAUUGCUCGCUGUAAUAGCAUGUCCACAGUUAUAUGGAUCUUCAGAGUUUCUUUGUUCAAAAUCUCUUGUGGGGUAUGUUCUAUGCCAUGAUGUCCUUAGGCUUCAAGUGCUGAGUUUAAUUUACUACAUCUUUGGAGCAUGGAAUGUUGAUGAAGCAAAGAUGACAUUGGUUCCACUUUGUUACAAAGUCAUAGAAGUUGCUACUGCUACACGUCAUGAUGCCAUUAUAUCUUUUGUUAAAGAUAUGAUUCCUCAUCUAAUUCAGUGGUUAGCUUUUGAGUCAAGUUUGGAGGGCACUCAACCUGGUGAUGUGAUAAUUAAAGAUCUUUGUUAUCAGGCAUUUCGCUGUGUUCAUUGUCCAAAUCAGGAUUUAUCGUGUGAAGAAAAACCCAAGGACAGGAUUUACGAAGUCUUUCAAAGUUGGCUCGAACAGACAAAGUUGGUUGUUGGCAGUAGAAAAAAACCAAUGCAUGAACUGGAAGAAUUUGUGUGGAUAUGGGAGGUUGAAGAAGAAUUUAGUAAAUAUAUUCCAGGUUAUAUCGACAUGUUGCAUCAAGUGAAUGAAAUGGAUGACUGCUUGGAGCGCGAUUCUUCUUCACCGCGGGUUCUCUUUGAGAAAUUAGAUCCUAAAUUUGUAUCCAAAUAUGCUAUUGGUAGCCCUUCUCAUGAUUACCUCUGGGCCAUGUCCGCUAUGGUGAAGCGCAAAAUGUCUGCGAUGCAUUGGCAGAGACGGAAUGAUAAAAUGUUCCAAUUUUUGUGUUUACUCAUUGAUUUUAAACCUUAUAUUCAGCACUCAAGUUAUGAUGACAGUGUAGUGGAACUUGUGGAAGAGUCAAAGGCUUAUCCUGAUCUUGCUGAAUUUCUUAGGGCUGAUGCUCUUGAGGUUUUCUGUGCAAUACUGUUUUUGUGGGAGCCUCAGUUCCAUCCUAUGAUACGUAAGGAACACAAAGAUGUGCUCAAGAAAAUACUUCAUCACGUGACUUCUCUGGAAAACAUAACUUUUCUGAAGCCGUUGCUACCAGAUGUAAGAGAUUUUCCGGUGCGUUUGCGACCUUACGCAAAAAAUUAUAUUGAUAACAGGAACAAAGAGUAUAUUGUCGCGAAAGAACAAGCAAGAUUGCAUGAACAAUUUGAUGCACAUUUGGCUUCAGGUGUGUUAGAUCAUUAUCUCAGCAAGGGUGAUGCAGGUUCACACGGUGAUGCACUGAAGGCUGUUCUUAAUGAUAGUAGACAGUUUUCAGCUCUGGAUCAUGAUCUCAUUAAGUUGUCUUUUGAGCGAAGAGCUGAGCUUCUGGGCAGGCGAGAUCAAUUACAUUUAUUUUACAAAUGUUUUCAACGUGUUACUAGGGAUGCACAGCUAAGAAUUGAAGUUCAAAGUUUGAUUGAUCAGCUGGGCCGUCAAGACUUUUUCUGCAUUGACGAUGAUGCUAUUGAUUGGGACCAGAAAUGCUGUUCAGAACUUGUGGACAAAUUCAACAAGCAAGUCUUCACUGGGUCUGAUCUUCCAAAAUAUUAUGUUAUUCGUGGAAUUAUGGAUUAUCGAGCAAUGUCACGCAUGAAGGAUGGCUCAUGUUCAUGGUGCGAUGUUUUUCAGAAGGUUGUUGGUAAACCAUAUGAUAGGUGGAUACAAAACAUUCCCUCGUUUUGGAUGGACACAAGAUACUAUAAGCACCAGUAUUAUGACAUCAUUCAACAACCAUUGCAAAAGAUAUGGAAGAAGGAAGAGUAGAUUCGACUGGAGUAGAAUGGAUGAACAUGAAAUAGGGUUGAUAGUUUUCUACUUCAUUAUCUUUGUUUCUUUAGUACUAUAUAUUUACAGUAGGAAUACUAGUUAGAUUGAAGUAGCUUCUCUCUUUAAAUAACAACGACAAGUCCUAGAAGCUCUAUAAAUAAGAGUAAUGUAUAUAUUGUAGUUGCAAAUAUUAUAAGUACUAGCAAAUUGCUUGUGCUUCUCUACGGAAAAAAUGUGAGAUGGCAUGAAGCUGGACUGGUCACGUUUAGAAAUUAGGCCAAGCCGCUAAUGACAUUAAUGAUUCAUCGAUUCAGGUUAUGGUUA